GAUUCUUACCCUCUCACCUUCAAUAGUCACUUCCGGCCGGCGAGUAGGGAGAAGGCCUUGAAGCUUCUUUUCUUUUGCUGCAAAAGACUUGCUUUUGUUUUACUUUUCACAGCAGGUUGGUUUUCUUCCCCUUCGCAUUCCAUUUUCUCUUUCUUUCGAGCUGAGCUCCUGGGAACUGCACCUAGCGCGAAGGUUUUCCCGCUGCUCCCACCCUCACCUCAAUCAUCCCAAGAUGGUGGACGGCGAGGCACCAACGAGAGAAUAGCUAGAGCGACCACCUCUCCGGAGGAGGAAGUGCGGGAAGGAAGCAACGGGCACUGCCCGGAGUGGCGCCCGCGUGACGGUUUGUUCAGCUGGCUCCGGCCGCGUUUGGCGUGUCAGGUCUUCGCCUCCGCCGGGGUCUUCGCCGCCAUGCCACACAGACGGAAGAAGCCCUUCAUAGAGAAGAAAAAGGCUGUAACAUUUCAUUUAGUACACAGAAGCCAAAGGGAUCCUUUGACAGCUGAUGACACUGCACCACAGAGAGUUCUUUUGCCUGCACAGAAGGGAGAUGAAGAAAAAAGAAGAGAAGAACAGAGAAAAUAUGGAGUAUUCUUUGAUGAUGACUAUGACUACUUGCAACAUCUCAAAGAAGCUUCUGGACCUUCUGAGCUUAUUCCAUCAAACAUACCAAAUCGGCAAGGCAGGAUUUUAGUGACUGCAGACGGAGAGGUAGAAGAGGAAAUUCAGCAUAUUCCAGCCCCUACAAUUAACUUGCCCUCAUCAGUGUUUGCAUCAGAAUUUGAAGAGGACGUGGGACUUUUAAACAAAGCUGCUCCAAUUUCAGGUCCCAGGCUGGAUUUUGACCCUGAUAUUGUUGCAGCCCUUGACGAUGACUUCGAUUUUGACAAUCCAGAUAACCUUCUUGAAGACGACUUCAUUUUAAGGGCGAAUAAACCAGAAAGCAUAGAGCAUGGAAAAGAAGCUUGUUGGGAGUCUGAUACUGGAGAUGAAGAUGAAUGGGAGGAUAUGGAGGAAGAAGAGGAUGGAAAAGAUGUUGAGAGUGAUGAAGAGUAUGAUUCAGAGGGACCUUUGUCAGAUGAAAGUGAAAAUAGAGGAGAGAUGAAAGAAUUUCUUUUCAUGCAAGAGGAGACUAAGAGCCGUUUCACAGAAUACUCCAUGACUUCUUCUGUAAUGAGAAGGAAUGAACAACUGACCCUUUUGGAUGAGAGAUUUGAAAAGUUCUUUGAGCAAUUUGAUGAUGAUGAAAUUGGAGCAUUGGAUAAUGCUGAAUUAGAAGGUUUCAUUCAAAGUGACAGUACUCGGUUACAGGAAGUCUUGAAUGAGUACUACAGAGAGAAAGCCAAGAACUGUGUAAAACUCAAUGAACUUGAAAUCAAAGAAGAUUCAGAGCUGCUCCAAAAUGAAGAAGAUGAGAAAGAAGAAACUAUAACUUUAGUUAUUGAAGAACCUAAGGAAAAGUGGGACUGUGAAUCAAUUCUAAGUACCUAUUCAAACUUGUACAAUCACCCAAAAGUUAUUGAGGUUCCACAAAAGCCUAAACCAAUCAAAGUAUCUAAGAAGACAGGAAUCCCUCUGGAUGUCUUGCCUCAAAGAGGACCUACAGCCAAGCAAGCUGAACGUAUGCAAAUGAUUAAUGACUGUGAUCUGCCAAGAAUAUCCACACAACCCAGAUGUAAAGAUGAGAGUAAAGAGGACCGGAAGACUAGAAAGCAAGCUAUUAAAGAAGAACGAAAGGAACGCAGGAUAGAGAAGAAAGCAAACAAAUUGGCCUUCAAGCAAGAGAAGACAAGGCAAGAGAAAGAACUUCUCAACUUAAAACAGAAUAUUCAAGGACUAAAGUUAUCAUAAGAAGAGUUGUUUCACAUUGGGGACACUCAACAACUUUAUUUUUGCCUAUACAUUUGGAAAGGACACAAACAUUUAAAUUAGCAGCAGUGAUUGUCAAAAUGUGUAUCUAUUCAAUUAGAAGCCUCUGCUUAAAUGUAAAUUUUCAAUUAUACUUAAAUAAAACUACUGUAUCAUUUUUGUCAUA